AUGACGACUCCAUACGGCCCUCGAGUCGUCGUUCUAAUCGCCUUACUUUGCCUUGUUCUGGGUGGUACCGUAUGCGCGUUACCAAGAGUUCCAUUUGUCAACGAUGACAUCAAUAAGACGGCAACAGCAGAGAAGACAGAAGAAAACACUGUGAUAGCUGAAGAGAAGAAAACAUACACAAUUGGCGAUUCCGAGGGUUAUCUAGAAGCUUCACGUUUACUGCAGAAAAGUAUCAAUUUGACACUCGAUCCAUGUGAAGACUUCUUUGAGUAUGCUUGUCGUUCGUGGGUAGAUACUCACCCAAUACCUGAUGAUCUCACUUCCUACUCGCAAUUCACUGCAACUAGAGAAAAAGUGUUGGCAGAGAUGCGAAAGCUGUAUGAAGACAACUCAAGUAUCCCAACAUCAAAGUCGAUUGCUCUUAUCAAACAGAUCUAUCACACUUGUAUGGACACAGAAAAACACAAUGCUGUUGGAGCUCGUGACUUACUCGAAAAAAUCAAAACAUUCGGAUACUGGCCAAUGGUACACAACGAAAAAUGGCGUGAGAGUUCGUUCGAUUUGACAAAACUUCUCUCAAACACUAUCCAGUCUCGUGAUGUGUCUGUCUUCUUCGAUUAUGGACCAGCCGAGGAUUCUCGAAAUGUUUCUCGUCGUCUUUUGAGUUUCGAUCAAGGAAGUCUUGGAUUAGGAUAUUCUACUCGUGAUUAUUAUUUGGAUGAGAAAAAGUACGAAAAACAGAUGAAGGCAUAUCGUAAGUAUACUAUCGGGAAGGUUCGUUACUAUACCGAAGAUGCUGGAAUGACGGUCAAUGAGACAAAAAUCGAAUCUGAUGUUGACGAGAUUAUUGCCUUCGAAAAAAAAUGGGCACAAAUUUUGGUCGCUGAGGAGAACCGUCGUAACUACACUAAGCUUUACAAUGUCAGACAUUUUGAUGAUCUCAAGGAGUACAUGCCAAUCAUUGACUGGAAAAAGCUAACUCUCUCUACGACUCCAUUCCUCGUUCACUCGUACUUGAAAACCAAUCCAACAAUCAUCAUCUCAGAUGUUGAAUAUCUUGAAAAGAUGAACACACUCCUUCAAAAUACCGAUCCACGUAUAGUUACCAACUACGUUCUUCUCCGUUGGGCUGGAUCGUGGAGUCAGGAAAUUGGAAAGAAGUACGAAGACUUGCAACAAGAAUUUGCUUUCCAAAUGUACGGACGUAAACAAAGACAACCACGCUGGAAGGAUUGUGUGAGCAGUGCUGGUGGAAAACUCAGCUAUGCUUCAGGUUCUAUGUAUGUUCGCAAAUACUUCGAUUCCAAAGCCAAAAGUACUACUCUCGAUAUGAUCUCUGAUCUUCAAGAAGCCUUCCGUAACAUGAUGCACGCAAAUGAUUGGAUGGACGCUGAAACAAAAAAAUUCGCAUUGGAAAAAGCAGAACAGAUGUUAAAGCAAAUUGGAUAUCCAGAUUUCAUUCUCAACGACGAGAAACUUGAUGAUUGGUACAAAGGGCUCGACGGAUCACCAGAAGAUACUUUCAGUCAACUUGUUGAGAAGAGCAUUCAAUGGCGUAACAACUUCUACUAUCGUCGUCUUUUGGAGCCUGUCAACAGACACGAAUUCAUCUCAAGUGCCGCUGUUGUAAACGCGUUCUAUUCUCCAACCAGAAAUGCAAUUGCAUUCCCAGCUGGAAUUCUUCAACAGCCAUUCUUCGACGCUGGUUUCCCGAAAGCCUUGAAUUAUGGAGGAAUAGGAGCCGUCAUUGGGCACGAGAUCACUCACGGAUUCGACGAUACCGGACGUCAAUUUGACAACUUUGGAAAUCUUCGAGACUGGUGGGAUAACACUACGUCUGCCAAAUUCACAGAACGUGCUCAAUGCAUAAUUGAUCAAUAUGCGGAUGUCAAACUUCGUGGAACAGACCUUCGUAUCAAUGGAAAACUGACACAAGGAGAGAAUAUCGCUGAUAACGGAGGAAUCAAACAAGCAUUCAAAGCCUACAAAUCCUUCCUCGAGAAGCAUGGAGGACAAGAGCCACGUCUUCCACAGUUCGAAUCUUUAUCCAAUGAGCAACUUUUCUUCGUUGGAUAUGCCCAAGUUUGGUGUGGAGCUAAAACUUUAGAAACGAAAACGUUAUUGCUGCUUACGGAUCCUCAUUCCCCAGAAACUGCCAGAGUCAACACGGUACUUUCAAACCAGCCAGAAUUCGCCGAAGCCUUCAAAUGUCCAGCCGGCUCACCAAUGAAUCCCACAAAACGAUGUGUUGUGUGGUAA